GGCCUAGACCAAUCGUUUUAUUGGUACAUGGUUUUAUGGCCGAAGGGAGAUGUUGGAUUGCAAAUCUUCCUAGCAACAGCCUGGGAUUUUUUCUGGCAGAUGCUGGCUAUGAUGUCUGGAUAAUAAAUAACAGAGGAACCAUUUGGUCUAGAAGACACCAGGAGUUUUCGAUUGACCAGCAAGAAUUCUGGGAAUUCAGUUUUCACGAAAUGGCAAUUUAUGAUAUACCAGCAACAAUAAACUUCAUCCUACAGAAAACAAAACAAGACUGUUUGUAUUAUAUUGGCCAUUCCCAAGGAGCAGCAUUAGGUUUUGUUGCUUUUUCAGUCCUGCCCUACCUCUCUGAGAGAAUAAAGCUCUUUAUAGGCCUCACACCUGUCUACUCCCUGGAAGGUAUGAGGGGGACAUUAGGUGUACUUGGAAGAAUUCCUGUUGGACUCAGAAGACUAAUAUGGGGCACUAAAGAACUUUCCUUUGUGAGUGAGAGACAAAAGACCGUCCUGACCUAUGCAUGCAGCUAUCCAGUGAUUGACCAGCUUUGCCUCCAAAACAUUUUCCUUACAGGAGGAUAUAAUGAGAAAAACCUAAAUACAAGUCGGGCGGAUGUAUAUACCGCAAUCUUUCCUGAUUAUACAUCUACAAAAACCUUGGAUCACUGGAGCCAGGUUUUGCGUUCUGUGGAAUUUAAAUAUUAUGACUAUGGUUAUAAGAACAUGGAAAUAUACAACAUGACAACACCUCCAUUUUAUAAAAUUGAAGAUGUUAGUGUGCCAGUAGCUGUGUGGAGUGGAGGAAAAGAUAUUGCUGCAACCAGAAGUAAUAUUGAAUCACUGGUUACUCGAAUCACUCAUUUAGUUUUCUAUAAGGAUAUACCUGAUUGGGAACAUGCUGAUCCUAUCUUUGGUCUGGAUGCUCCCCAACGCUUGUAUCCUGACGUGCUUGAAUUGAUGCAGAAGUACAACGGCGGCAGCAGCACUGGGGCUGAAUUAGAGGCCCGGGGCCUUCUGCAGUUGUCCCUGUCCCCAGGCCUCUACUUCAUUCCCAGCGCAGUCAACACCACUUGUGAGGAGUGCCGCCUCAAGCCCCAUACCAUGGCAUAUCUCAGUGGCAGCAACGGUGCUGGGGCUGACGUAGAGGCCUGGGGCAGUGGCAGCCGGCUGAGACUGCUAAAGGCCCUGAGCCUCUACAGACCUCUCCCAAUCCUAGUGUAUGGAGAUGAUGCAGUUCUUCUCCCCCU